AUGGCUUCAGAUGAACCUCCACGGAAAAAGAAGCGAGUUUUCGCUGAUGGCCCAAAUGAUGCAGGAUCAGUCCAAGUAUCAACUGUAUCUGCACCAUCGCCAUUGAUUGCUAUAUCUGGAAGUGUAGUCAACCCAUAUCUAGCCCAUCUCCAACGCCCUGCACCAACAUCAACACCAUCAACCUCGGGUCUCAUUCCAGGCCAAACUACAGCUGAGCAGGCUGUAGCUCUUGAAGAUGGAGACAUCAAUCCUUAUAAUGCAAGGCCAUUUACGAAAAAGUACAAGGACAUCUUGAAGAAACGUCGUGAUUUGCCAGUGAACAAACACAGAGACGAGUUCUUACGUUUGGUACAUGAGAACCAAACUAUAGUCUUAGUUGGUGAGACUGGAUCUGGAAAGACGACUCAAAUACCUCAGUUCUUGGUAUACGACGAGCAACCUCAAAAGAAGGGCAAGAUGAUUGCCUGUACACAGCCUCGUCGAGUAGCUGCCAUGUCUGUAUGUAAACGUGUUGCUGAUGAAAUGGAUGUCACAAUGGGUGAAGAAGUCGGGUACUCGAUUCGUUUCGAGGACUGCACAUCUCCUAGAACAAUCCUAAAAUAUAUGACGGACGGUAUGCUUCUACGAGAAGCCAUGACGGAUCCACUCUUGGAACGAUACUCGGCAGUUAUACUAGAUGAAGCUCACGAAAGGACGCUAGCAACAGAUAUCUUGAUGGGUCUCAUCAAGGAAAUAGCAGUCAAACGAAACGACCUUAAAGUAGUAGUAAUGAGUGCUACAUUAGAUGCCGGUAAAUUCCAAAAGUACUUUAAUAACGCACCGCUGCUCUCCGUCCCUGGGCGUACCUUCCCUGUCGAAAUAUAUUAUACUCCUGAACCAGAACGGGACUACCUCGAAGCUGCUAUACGGACAGUCUUGCAAAUCCAUACGUGUGAAGAUCCUGGAGACGUCCUGCUCUUCUUGACUGGUGAAGAAGAAAUUGAAGACGCUUGUCGUAAAUUGAGUGCUGAAGUUCAACAACUCAUAAUUCAACAACCCGAGGCUAUCGGAGAACUAAAAGUAGUACCACUCUACUCAAGUCUUGCACCAGCACAACAACAACGCAUAUUCGAUGCUGCUCCACCAGCUAAAACACCAAACGGACCACCGGGUCGUAAAUGUGUAGUAUCAACCAAUGUUGCCGAGACGUCCCUUACAAUUGAUGGUAUAGUCUAUGUCAUAGAUCCUGGCUUUGCAAAGCAAAAGGUAUAUAAUCCACGUGUCAGAGUCGAAUCUCUAUUAGUGUCACCUAUAUCGAAAGCGUCUGCUCAACAACGAGCUGGUCGAGCUGGACGAACACGGCCUGGUAAAUGCUUUAGGCUGUAUACAGAAAAGGCCUUCCUCAAAGACUUGCAGGAACAGACAUACCCAGAAAUCUUAAGGUCGAAUCUUGGAACUGUGGUCUUGCAACUCAAAAAGCUCGGCAUAGAUGAUCUCGUCCACUUUGACUUUAUGGAUCCCCCAGCUCCAGAGACAUUGAUGAGAGCAUUAGAACAACUCAACUAUCUGGAGGCUUUGGACGAUGAUGGUAAUAUGACACUUGUAGGCAAGCAAAUGGCUGAAUUCCCACUAGAUCCUCAAUUUGCCAAAGCCCUCAUCGCAUCACCUAAAUACCGAUGCUCGAACGAAAUAUUAUCAAUAGUAGCCAUGUUAUCGGUACCUCAAAUAUUUUUACGCCCUCCCGAAUCACGAAGAGCAGCCGAUGAAGCAAAAGCUCAAUUCAUCCACGUUGAUGGUGAUCAUUUGACACUUCUCAACGCAUGGAACGCAUAUAAAGAAAACAUUGGAGAUCCUCAAUAUUGUUGGAAUAACUUUUUGAACUCGAGGUCUCUCAAACAGGCUGAUAAUGUCCGAGAGCAGCUGAAACGAGUCAUGGAUCGUCAAAAGAUUGCAUUGAUUUCUCCUGAAGGAGAAAUAGAUGAUAAAUACUAUAGGACAGUUAGGAUGGCUUUGAGUGCUGGCUUUUUUAUGCAAGCAGCACACUUGGAAAAUAACAAGACAUACUUGACCAACAAGGAUAACCAGAUUGUUGCACUCCAUCCGUCGUGUACUAUGGAUCAUAAGCCAGAGUGGGUAAUUUAUAAUGAAUAUGUCUUGACAUCCAAAAACUAUAUACGAACCGUCACUGAAACCAAGGCUGAAUGGCUUAUUGAUGCCUCGGCUUCGUAUUAUGAAUUGAGUAAUUAUCCCAACUGUGAGGGAAAGAAGGUACUUGAACGUAUAAUGACGAAAGGAAAGGCUGGAAGUAGCAUUGGUGGUGGUGGACGACAACAGCAAUAUGAACCACCACAGAAACAAAAUGGAAGCAAGAAUAAAGGCCAGCAACGUCGUUAUUGA